AUGGUUUCUAUCGCAAACAAGAAACCAACGUCUCGCUCCGCGACAGCAACAACUCUGCUGCUUUUCUCCCACUACGGGACAUACGGGGUGCUGUUUGCAUCGCGGCUACGAAAAGGCGACGCGCUGGCCGUGGCUCGGAUAGCGGGCAUCCAGGCUGCGAAGAAGACAUCGGAUCUCAUCCCUCUUGCUCAUCCGGGUCUCAAUAUCACGGGUGCCACAGUACGCUUGGAACCAUUUAUGACAGACAAGCUGCCGUAUCCUCUAUCAGAAGGGAAAGGAGAUGUCGGGAUUCCCAGCGAUAUGGACCGGCUCUUCGGUGGCGUACUGGUGACAGCCACGGUGGCCUGCGAAGGUAAAACCGGCGUCGAAAUGGAGGCCAUCACCGCGGCGUCUAUGGCAGGGCUGACCAUGUACGACAUGCUCAAGGGCGUGGACAAGGAAAUGGUCCUUACAGCGACACGAGUCACGGCCAAGAGUGGCGGCAAGUCAGGCGACUGGGAAUGGGACUACAAACUCGGCAGACGCAUUUGCCUCUCUGCCUCCCCAGAAACAGGCAGCAACGGCAUCCUGAGCGACGUAGCGGGCCAACAAAUCGAGCAAGGCGUGGUGGAGCAGGACCGCCUCCUCAAGCAGCAGAGGACGCAGCAGGCCGUCAGCCAGCGACGCGAGGAGAGCUCCACGACGGGACAGAUUUCCGCCGAAGACCUGGCUGACUGGAGAACAAGGAGGUUGAGGAAACUGCACGCCACCAGAAAGUCCGACGCCAGGGGUCCAGCCACGGCCGGGCAAGGACAAGGACAAGGAGAAUCUACAAGUACAAGUACAGGUACUGACAAGGACUGA